AUGAAUAACCCGCCGAUCUUCAUCCAGAUCACUCAAGCAGAGAAAGACUCAUCACCAAUCAGCCUUGCACCGUUCCUAGGCAUCGACGUGACACUGCCGCAAUACCAAGCCAUAGAAGCGCAUACAAGUGUUAACCCAGCGCAAGACCAGUACCCGGCGUGGCACUUUUUCUACGGGAUGUUGGCAGAGCUAUCGAUUCUCUCGUGGGUCCUUGAGCUUCCUGAAGGCACUUAUCCCCAGUUGAGACCAGCUCGCACAAGAGGCGGUGUUCUUGUGGCCUGGGGAGGCAAGUACAGGGCAAUGACGGAUGCUCCAUCGAACAAUACAAAAGCUUGGGUCGUGUAUGGGCAAGCCUUUCUUGUCACAGAAGAAGUGUCAGAGAGCAAGAUUCGCUUCUUCCAAAGUGAGCAGUAUGAUGUCGUGCGCUGCGAUAUCGAGAUUUUGGACACCGGGGAAAGCAACAGAGGCCUCACCUUCCGAUUUGGCGCAUAA